CACUUGCCAUGAACGUUCUGUUUGCGUUGUCUGCUCUCUUCGCUGCCUCCACGACCGUUGUCGCCCAACAAGAAAUUGUCGGCGGCACGGAAGCUGCGAUUGGCCAGCACUUGUACGUGACUGGUUAUCGCCGGACCGAGACGGGGGCUGCUUCGUGUGGAUCAAGUUUGAUCGCCCCCAACGUCGUCUUGACCGCCGCCCACUGCAUCGGAAGUCUCAACUUUGUGUCGAUCGGGUCGCACUACAGAAGCGGCACCAAAGACGGUGAGCGCAUCAAGGUGAAGCAAGCGAUCAAGCACCCCAAGUACAACGCCGCCACCACGAGCCAUGAUUUUGCCAUCUUGAUCUUGGAAAAACCGUCCAAGUUCCCUCCGGUCGAGGUCUCGUUUGACACGGUGGCGCCUGGCACCCCCACGAUUGUGCGCGGGUGGGGCCGUACGUCUUCGGGCGGAGUGACUUCUGAAGUGCUGCUGGAAGUCGGCGUGGAUUCCAUCAGCAACGACCAAUGCGCCAAGCUGUUGACCGGAUACACCGUGAAUGAAGCCAUGCUGUGUGCGGGCGGCAAGUUGGGCGAAGAUUCGUGCCAAGGCGACUCUGGUGGACCGUUGACGGUGGAAACCAACGGAACUGCCAAGUUGGUGGGAGUGGUCAGCUGGGGCAUCGGAUGUGCCCAGCAGGACAAGCCUGGUGUGUAUAGUCGCAUCUCCAUCGCCCGCGACUUUAUUGAACCCUUCAUCACCACGUCCCCCACCGCUGUCCCCAUUACGACCAACGCUCCUACUGUGGCCCCCACGACUGCUCCUACCGCAGCCCCUAUCACCAGCAAUGCCCCUACCACCAGCAACGUCCCUACUGCAGCCCCUACCGCAGCCCCGAUUACCACGAACCCUACUGUGGCUCCUAUUACCACUGCCAAAGUUUCUACGGUGGCCCCCACUGACGCCCCUACGACUGUCUCGCCGUCCAAGUGCGGUGGCUGCUCUAGGUGCUUCUACCCUACGCUGAACCACUGCUUCCCCCCUGCGUACACUCAAACAAUCUGUGCCACGUACGCGAGCUUGGGAGCGUACUGGUGCGGCAACUAGUUGUAUUACAACGUAGUACAUGUAUUGCUGCAGAGCGAUAAGUAUGCUGUCAAUAAACUUGAAUGUGUGUGAAACCGA